UCACAAUAUUCAUUAUUGAUCUCUCACAAACAAACCUCACUCACUCAAUUCAAUAUCUGUUUCCAUUUCCAUGGCCAUGGCAACUCAAGCCUCUCUCUUCACUCCACCUCUCUCCACUCCCAAACCAUGGAAACAACCAUCAACUUUAUCCUUCAUAACACUCAAACCAAUCAAAUUCACAACAGCUUCACCAAGAACAACAAUAAGAACAGCAGCAUCAGCAGAUGAUAAAACUGAAACACCAGUUAAAACAGAAAAAGCACCAGCACCAGCACCAGCACCAGUUGGAUUCACCCCACCUGAGUUAGACCCAAACACACCUUCUCCAAUUUUUGGUGGAAGCACUGGUGGGUUAUUGCGUAAGGCCCAAGUUGAAGAAUUCUACGUAAUCACAUGGGAUUCACCUAAAGAACAGAUCUUUGAGAUGCCAACUGGUGGUGCAGCUAUAAUGAGAGAGGGUCCUAACCUUCUCAAAUUGGCAAGGAAAGAACAAUGUUUGGCUUUAGGAACUAGAUUAAGGUCAAAGUACAAGAUUAAGUAUCAGUUUUACAGGGUUUUCCCUAAUGGGGAAGUUCAAUAUUUGCAUCCUAAAGAUGGUGUUUAUCCAGAGAAGGUUAAUCCUGGUCGUGAAGGGGUUGGUCAGAAUUUCAGGUCUAUUGGGAAGAAUGUUAACCCAAUUGAGGUCAAGUUCACUGGUAAGCAACCUUAUGAUGUGUAGUAAGGGCUUACCUUAAUGCUGAUGUUUGCUUAAUUGGGUAUAUGAUGCAUGUACUAAUGAUCACAUUCAUGUAUGUGGAAAUGCUAAACCCUUUCCCUGUAUUUAAUUUUAUGAUUAUUACUUUUGUCAAACAUAUUUUGGUUUUUUGAAUGAAUAUUAUGUUGCUUUAGCCUUA